UAUUCGCGAGGGCGCUAGCGUGAGUUUCAUAUCCAAGUAGCGCGAGUCCCCGCGAGAGGGCAGUGAUCUUCAAUGUUAUUUCGCCACUCGCCAGUGUUUCGAGCCGGAUGAUGAGAUAGGUUAUGCGUUGAGAUCGUAGACGAUGUUUAUAGCAUAAACUCGUGCUCGCAGCAAUUUUAAAUAAAUACAAAAAUUUCUCACUCUCUAGUGGCCGAUUGUAAGAAUGACCGCGAAAUAAUUGGCAAUCGAUUCUUUCAUUUCGAUGACGAAUUGACUUCCAUUUAACUGAUCUUCCUCGAGCUCUCGCUGAUAAUCAGGCAUUUAUUGAGAGGAACGUUUGAAAAACUCCUGUUGAAAAAAGCGAAGCGGCAGAUAUGUUGAAAUUUACAAGGCUGUUAGUAAAUCACGUGAAAGCGUUGGCGACGCCCACGUCGUCCAGCAAUGCGGAUUACUUGUCGCAGCAGACACGGAACACCUUUAUUCUCAAGAGAAAGGCUCCGACGUCUCUUCACAAAAAGAACUCCAAGCCCCAUCGCUUGAGGACGCGGCAUUACAUUUACGAUCUCGUCGAGGACACGAACGUGCGGAGGAAGGAGCCGCUCGAUUUGAUUCUGACGCAGUACGUCGCGGGACUCGGCAAUGUCGGCACCCGGGUGCAGAUGCACCCGAAGCCGGCGUACGAGACCCUCUUGCUGCCGAAACUGGCGGACUACGCCACCCCCGAGAACGUGGAGAAGUACACGAAGCUGGCGACGAGCCAGGGUGGCGACACGCCGUUCAGCUCCGCCACGGUGGAGAAGACGAUGAAGUACCUGUCGCGGAAGCGGAUAUCCAUCAUGAUGUCGAAGGACGUGCCGUGGACGUUGGAGAAGUGGCAUGUACGAGCGAACCUUCGCAAGGCCGGCAUCCUCGUGCCCGAGGACGCCAUUGCGAUGCCGGAGAGGCCGAUAUCCGGGCCGAACCUGGAUCUGCAGGGCAAGGAGUUUUACGUCACCCUCACGAUUAACAAUCGCGAGCAGGUGAAGUUGAGGUGUAUGGUGCACCACUGGACGUCGGACACCAGCGCGCAGAUCCGCACCGAGGAGUUCUGGAAGCAGCCGGGCGAGCCGAUAUUUCCCGAGGACAAGCCGGUUCUAGACUCUCUACCCCCCUUCUGGACGGAAAGAAAGGAAACGUCGGAUAUUUAAUAUAUGUCGUUAUUAUGAUAUAAAUAAAUAAAUAACGGAGAAUAGGAGUGAAUACGUUUUCUUAGAAGCUCCUAAGAUGUAUCUUCCUCCCUUCUGCGCGGAAAGAAAGGAAACAGCAUUUGUAAUACGUUGUAUUAUAAUACGUUGUAUUAUAAUGUAAAUAAAGAAACGCGCUUAGCGGGGAAUAA